CUGCUUCGGCGACCGGGCGGUGGCAGUGGUGGUGGUGGCGGCGGUGGCGGCGGCGGCAGUGGCCCUUUACGGUGGCGGCGACGGCGGCUGGGACAGGCGCUGCCCGCGGGUAGCAGCAGGGCGUCGGCGGCCGCUCGCAUUGCUGCGGAGGGGCUGGCCGAGCGCGGAACUCAGAAGCGACGCUACGGGUAACAUUGUGUGUCCUGGAGUGCAGAAUCCAGUCCCAGAAGAUAGGCGAGGCUGAAUCCAGAGCGCUGGGUUGCUUCAGCAGGGAAGACUCCCUCCCCCCCCCUGCUUCAGGCUGCUGAGCCCUGAGCAGUGCUCAGAAUGGAAGCCAUCGCCAAAUAUGACUUCAAAGCUACUGCAGACGACGAACUGAGCUUCAAAAGGGGAGACAUCCUCAAGGUUUUGAAUGAAGAAUGUGAUCAGAACUGGUACAAAGCAGAGCUCAAUGGGAAAGAUGGCUUCAUUCCCAAGAAUUACAUAGAAAUGAAACCACAUCCGUGGUUUUUUGGCAAAAUCCCCAGAGCCAAGGCAGAAGAAAUGCUUAGCAAACAGCGACAUGAUGGGGCCUUUCUUAUCCGAGAGAGUGAGAGUGCGCCUGGGGACUUCUCCCUCUCUGUCAAGUUUGGAAAUGAUGUGCAGCACUUCAAGGUGCUCCGAGACGGAGCUGGGAAGUAUUUCCUCUGGGUGGUGAAGUUCAACUCUUUGAAUGAGCUGGUAGAUUAUCACAGAUCGACAUCUGUUUCCAGAAACCAGCAGAUAUUCCUCCGGGACAUAGAACAUGUACCACAGCAACCAACGUACGUCCAGGCACUGUUUGACUUUGACCCCCAGGAGGAUGGUGAGCUGGGCUUCCGUCGGGGAGACUUUAUCCACGUCAUGGAUAACUCAGACCCCAACUGGUGGAAGGGGGCUUGCCAUGGCCAGACGGGCAUGUUUCCCCGCAAUUACGUCACCCCCGUGAACCGGAACGUUUAAGAGUCAAGAAGAGCUUAUUUAAAGCAAGUGGGAGAAAUGUCAAAACAUACACCGAUGAAUUCAACCCACAAUCUGCUUCUCACAGCAGCCUGUGAGGGGGCUCAGAACACCUGGCUGGGGUCACCUGGGACCCUCUCACUGUAGUUGGAACUUGGGGGGUGGGGGGGGGCUGGAUAUAAAAAUGCCAAAACUUACAUAUAAAUUAAGAGAAGAAUUUUUAUUACAAAUUUUCACUGCUGCUCCUACUUUUCCUCCUCUGUCCUUUUUUUUCUCAUCUUGUUUCUCUUUUGUCCUUCAGUGCAUGACAAUUUAAUGCCACAUAUAGUCCUAGCUGAUGCCAAUAAAAAAAAAAAAUGAAAGAAAGAAAGAAAGAAACCAAGUCGGUUGGUAUUUUCUCUAUGCAAAAUAUCUGUUUCAGUCAUAGUGACUAAAAGAAAAACAGCCAUUUCUGUGUUCUUCAUGUAUACACACAAAAAGGAGAGGGUGGGGAACAUGAAGCCUGUGCUGUUGAGCUUCUGCUGGGAGGGGGAGGGCCAGUAGGAAUCUGCCUUCCAAGCCCCCACUCCCUCCCUACCAGACCCUUGGAAUAUCAGAGUCAGAGUAGUGGGAGGGGAGAGGAAGGCGUUUGAUCCCUAGUGGCUUCCUGAGAAAGUCAAAGUGAAAACCUAUGUCUCUUAUCUCUUCACAAUUGUUUUUUCUUCCAAACGAUAUUCUUGAGCAUGUUUUUUUCAUAGUGCCUUUUUUUCUUAUUUUUCAAAGGUUGCUUUUAAGUAGUGUUUUUUUGUUUGUUUGUUUUGUUUUAAAAUAAGUUAAAAGACUGUCCAGAGCUUUUCAGCUAAUUUGUCUCUUGCUCUGUGUAAAUAUUUUUCCCUUGGGGGGAGGGGAAAGCAGGGUAGAGAAAGGAGACAAUUCAGAGUGGAGGGUAUGGUUGUUCUGCCUGUUCUAAGCCAGAUGUCUUGAAGGUUCAGCUUUAAUACUUGUGAGCCCUUCGGAGUGUAAGGGACCAGCAGGAAGGGUGUCACUGCUGGGGUGCAGUCCCGUCCGCUACCUGAGAGGAGAGAUGACAGCUCUUCCUUCCACAGCUGACCAGAGCUGACCAAAGGGGUUGGAAUCCUUGACCUUCUGGUCUUGGGUUGUGUGCCCCUCCUGAAGAGGCCGCAGACGCAAACCCCUGGAACCAGCGAGUUUCAGACACAGCAGAAGCCAAGAAGACUAUGAAGACUGUAUGGGAGCCUGAGCUGUGGCUCUUUAACUAACUGGGACGUGUUCUACUGUAUUCCUGCUCUGGGCCAGGACACGGGAGGUUUUGAUUGGCUUUUCUUCCUCUGAAAACCCAGGACAUCUGUUCAUGACUUCACUUUCUGUGUCCCCUAACCUCACCUGUCCAGAUGAGCAUCCGGUCUGGGUUGUUUUUCAUGUCUCUGGCGGAGCAGUUGGAGAAGACUGGAAUCCGAGGAAAGCCAAACCCGUUGCAGAGCUCUCUCUCUGUCACUUACUACCAACUUCUUAGCCCUUGUGUAAUGUGCCUGUGAACUUCUCUCCACUCCAUCUCCUUCCCACAACAAAACCAGAACUGCCCAUGGCUGUGACUUGCUGACUGGGAGUCUGCCUGAACUCUGCUUGUGGAGACAGCUCGGCCCUCAGCACCCGGAGACCCAGGCGGCGCUGCUCUUCUGGCCACCCGCCCACCUCACCCCUCUGGCAGCUUUUUCUUUCCCCGCUGAUGAUCAAAAGAAAUCUCUGGCAUUCUACACCUGGACCAUUUGAUUGUGUUAUUUUGGAAUUGGUGUAUAUCAUGAAGCCUUGCUGAACUAAGUUUUGUGUGUAUAUAUUUAAAAAAAAAUCAGUGUUUAAAUAAAAAAAAAAUAAACACCUAUGUACUUAAUCCUUUAACUUCGGAUAGCAUUUGGUAGGUAGUGAUUAACUGUGAAUAAUAAACAUACAAUGAAUUCUUCA